AUGAUUCCGAUCGAGCUUUGUCGAAUCGCCCCUAAGCAGCGCUGUCCGAAAAAACUUUCUGAGGCUCAACUUCGUACUUUUUAUGACGGUAGCGACGUAAUUUCAGUCUUUUUAAUUUAUUUUUUUCUUUUUAUUAAAAAUAAGAAUAUCUCUCUAAAAAGUUCUCCUGAAACUUUUUUUUUAAACUUUCAAGCCAGACAUGAAACGACUAAAUUUUGAACUUUCUCGUUUUUAAAGCCGGUUACCCGAUUUUUUUUCUUGCAACGGUCUUUUUUCUGGAAAAAAAAACAGUGUGUUCAGACCACGCGGCACACGCCGGCGAAACGCAAGUUCGACAUUUGCGAAAUCGUCUCAGGAGUUAUAGCAAACGAGGACCCGAUUCUGGAAGUUUAGUUCGUCUUCAUGCUCUUCAUCUUCUCCGAUUUCCAGCACUACGGAAUCAAAAUCGAAGAUAAGAUGACGUCACUUACUGCUCGUGUCAUACCGCCGCCCAAGAUCGUCUAUCGCGGAGAGCAGCAAUCCUACACGACGGUUGUUCCAGAAAAUGGCCGCUGGAACUUGAGAGACAAGUUUUUCGAUGGCAUUUCCAUCAAGGUGCUUUUUGUCGUCCCAGCGUUUCUGGGCAUCCAAUAUGGUUUUGAAUGCACCUCAAAAAUUAUUCAAAUGUAAUAGAACUCUACAAUUAAUUUAUAUUUUUAAGAGCUGGGCCCUCGUGUGUUGCGCACAGCAGCACCAGGUCUCUCAGACUUCUCUGCGGAAUUUCGUUUCGCAACUUCGCAACGUCGGCAAGAUGGUUGGAAUGCCUUUCGUGUUCGCCCCGUCGUUUUGCAAGUCGUUUUCUUACUUUUCUACUCAAUAUCCUUUUGAUUUUUCAGAUAUGUAGUCAAUAUAGAGCACAUCGAACCGGUUUUCAAGUACCUGUCACAGAUGAGUCAUCCUAUCCAGCUUGUUGUUGUGGUGCUCACUGGAAAAACUGCUAUUUAUGGUUGGAAUUUAUAUAGUUUUUUUUGGAGUUUUUGUGCAAAAAGACACAAACGAAUUUCGAAAGAGGGUUAAGAGAAACCCACUAGUAAGGAUUUUUGAACUGAUAGAAAAAAGAAGAAAUCCGAAUUUUCUUUUUUUGAUUUUUUGAGAGCGUAAGAAAUAGCCCGUGGCAAAUUUUCACUUCUAUAGCCAACGAUUCACGGCUUUUGUUACGGUCGCGACGAGGCUCUUGGGGAGGAAUGCUAAUUCAAACGCGAGGGUGGAAAAAAACAGUUUUUUUUAUAUUGUUAUUCUACUAGGAUGCCAAUAAAGUGCAAUAAAUUAUGAGAAUACCAUCAAAAAAAAAAGUGAAAAACUUGUCUUUCAAUCUUUAUUUUCCCUAAAAGCCCAUCGCGACUGCAACACUUUUUACGGUAGAAAUUAGUUCAGGUCAAACAAAACGAGGUGUUUUGAAAAGGUUCAUACUUCACCUCGUUCUCUCAUAAGAAAGUACAGAACAUAACCAAAUUGGGACUGUAGGAAAGGUGAAGCGAGUUGGCGACACUCAGUGCGGAUUGACGACGCAGUGCAUCCACGUGAGCAACGUUGUGGCUCCGGUCAAGCACACGCUCAUCAAUCUGUGUAUGAAAAUCAACAUCAAGCUAGGAGGCGUCAAUUCCGUCGCUGUAAACAGCGUCCACCUGCCGGCUCUUCAGGAGCCUGGUUUGUUUUAUGGGAAAGUUUGAGAUUUGCUCUGCAUUCACAAGGGAAGUGUUUUUGGUGGCCGGUUGAACUUUUGUUGAAACUUUGCUGAAAGGUACUAUAAGACCUCCUCUUUCCAAAACACGAAUAAAAUUUCUCGCAAUAGAUCUCGUUUUCGAGUUAUGAAGCUUCAAAGUUUGCACGCUGAAUAAGUGCUGCAAGGCAAGAGGGAAUCUGCCUCGCCUACAAUCCCUCUACUCCAGUUGGCUACGUGGUGUAGUGGCUAGAGCCCUUGCACUACAGUGUCUAUGACCGGGGUUCGAAACUUUUUGAAGAAAUUCGUUUUUGCCAAAACUUUCCUAGGAGGAAUUUAUCGAAAUUGGGCAAAUGGACCAAAACUUUCUUUCCAAAAUAACAUAGCUUCUCAUUUCACUCGAUUUUCCAAGACUUUCGACAGACAUUUUCCUCUGGCUCAUAGGCAUGAUCAAUAGAUCGCUUUCUGUAUUAUUUUUUUUUCAAGAAUUUAAGGGAGACUUACUCAUAUUUCUGUGGUGUAAGCUUCUAUUUGAUUCUUUUUAAAUUAUCAACUGGACUGAAACGCUGAUGAAAAAGGCCCGUAGAAAUUUUUCCCAAAAAGAGGGACUAUUAAUCAUGUUUAUAAGCGAAUGAAAACUUUUUAAUCAGUAUACCGAAUCAAAAUGAAAAAAAUAGGUUAAGAGGGAAAAAAAGUUUAUGGGUUUUAUUAAUGUCGAUAAAUUCCUCCUAGGAAAGUUUUGGCAAAAACGAAUUUCUUCAAAAAGUUUCGAACCCCGGUCAUAGACACUGUAGUGCAAGGGCUCUAGCCACUACACCACGUAGCCAACUGGAGUAGAGGGAUUGUAGGCGAGCCAGAUUCCCUCUUGGCUUGCAGCACUUAUUCAGCGUGCAAACUUUGAAGCUUCAUAACUCGAAAACGAGAUCUAUUGCGAGAAAUUUUAUUCGUGUUUUGGAAAGAGGAGGUCUUAUAGUACCUUUCAGCAAAGUUUCAACAAAAGUUCAACCGGCCACCAAAAACACUUCCCUUGUCAGUUAAAAAUUCCACAAGAGAUUUUUCAGAAGGAAAAUAAGACUUCGUCAUUUAAUCUUUACAGUCUUGUUCAUUGGAGCGAAUGUAAUGGAAUUGUCGCGGAGAGAAGGCAACGGACCGAUGUCUGUUUCGUGUGUCGUUGGUUCGGCCGGCGGCUUUCAAAGCAGGUCGAAAAAUUGCUGGACCUUGGGGUCGACCUUCGUUUCAGAUUCACUGCUGCUGUUCGUGUCCAGAAAGACACCGACUUCGUGAUCGAGCAACUGAGCUCAAUGGUGCGAGAGCUGAUUCUCAACUUUUUUCGAAUGAGCAACUUCAAACCGCGUCGCAUCGUCUAUUAUCGGGACCACGUUCACGAGAAUCUUCUUGAAUAUGUUUUUCAUCAUUUCAUUAUGUUUGGUUGAAAAAAACGCAUUUAGGUGCUCCAAUACGAAAUUCGCGCUAUUCGAGACGCCUGCCUUUCCAUUGAAAAGGACUACAACCCCGCCAUCACUUUCAUUACCGUCCAUCUAACUCAUCGGUCACGAUUAUUCCCGGCUACCGUUGAGGUCACUUCUGUUUCUCAAAAUGGAAGACAUCAAUGCGUAAAAAUAUGCAGGAACAGGACAACGUACCUGCGGGGACCGUCGUCGACACGGUCAUCACUUCGAAAGAAUUUUUCGACUUUUACCUUGUUUCCCAUUCCGGAAUGAAGGUUUUUGAGGAGGUGUUCUAAAUCGAAUAGAGCUGGAUUUGAGGGGACUUCUCGUCCAACGCGGUAUCAGGUGCUUUGGGACGACAGCCGGAUGACCGCCGAUGAAAUCCAGCAGUUAACCUACUUUGUUAGUCAUCAGAAGAGGAAAAGUUUAUGGAUGUCGAGAAUAGAGUUCUUAAUUGAAAAAGAGUUUACGGUGUACAUUGAAAAUAUUCUCCGAGCACACAAAAAAUGACAAGAAGAUUUAGAAACUUCGCUGAAAGAUCACCAACCGUUUUCAACAAUCUGAAAUUCUUUGUUUUGAAUAAAAUUCAAAUCAGAAAAAAAAACUUGAUCUGUCAAGCCUGUCAGGCGGUCGGUCAGAUUACGGUAGUCAGGAUAAGUUUUUCGGUAAUAAAAUGAAAUCGAAUGUACUUUUUAAGACGUACCUUAUCUUGUAACCUCAGAAAACAGGUCCUUAACAAGUUGCGAAAAAGAAAAAAUAUCAAAAAAGUUUCCUGGCUCCGAAACUGACGGCGCAAUAUUGACCGGCCGCCGUAACACUGUCUUAAACAUGCGUGCUGUAUUUUACAUUCCUUCCAGUUGUGCCAUACGCAAGCGCGUUGCACCCGCUCCAUAUCGAUUCCUGCGCCGAUCUACUACGCGGUGCUCGUCGGCCAAAGGGCGCGACUUCACGUCGUUGACCACACCAGCGAUGGAAACACUCGCAAGUCCGACCUCUUGCCUCACAAUGUCGCUCAGCAAGUUGUUGAAGUAAGUUUGAACAGAAUAAUUUAGUAGGUUGGAUACAAAUUUGUGUUUAUGAUAUGUUUUUCCUAAGAUUAAAAAAUAGAUCUUUAGACAGACGUUUGGAGUUUUUUGAAAACAAACAAUGCUAAAAAAAAAACUUUCAAAAUACAAUGAACAUCCUUAAAAAAUGUACAGUUGAAACAUAUCGUCGUCUUGCAGGUUAUCUUUUUGUUUCUUUAUUAAUUUCAGAUUCACGAGCGUAUGGUCAAAAAGAUGUACUUCGCUUGA